AUGAUAAAAUUAAAAAUCAUCAUCAUCAUCGAAAUCACAAUCAUCAUCAGCAUCAGCAUCAUCAGAAUCAUGACGCAAGACACGUCAUUUCAGCAACACCAAAUAAUUCAGAUUGGCCAAAUACAAUGAAAAAUAUAACCGUUACUGCUGGUCGUGAUGCAACAUUUGAAUGUGUAUUUCCAAAAUUAAAAGAUUUUCGUCUGGUCUGGUUUCAUCAGGAUCAUCAUGUAUUGUUAGCCAUGCAUGAUACGGUUAUCAGUAAAAAUGGACGUAUUUCAGUACGAUCACAUGCGAAUACAACAUUCUAUUUGACCAUACAUGAUGUACAGGAAAUGGAUCGUGGUUUUUAUAUGUGUCAAGUGAAUACAAAACCAAUGCGUAUACAAAUCGGUCAUCUAGAAGUGAAUGUUCCACCAUCAUUUAUUGAGGAAAAAACUAGUUCAGAUUUUGAUAUAACAGAAAAUUCAUCGGCAACAUUACAUUGUUCAGCAAAUGGACGGCCAGAACCACAGAUUUUAUGGCGUCGUGAAGAUGAACAACCAAUUCAAUUGGAUUCACAAACAAAUGAUUCAUCGUUGACAAUCAAAGGUCAACAUUUGAAUUUAAAAAAUGUUUCCAGACAUCAAAUGGGUGCCUAUCUUUGUAUUGCUUCCAAUGGUAUAUUACCAACCAUAAGUAAACGAAUAUUUCUUGGCGUCAGCUUUGCACCAAUAAUAUGGACAAAUAAACGUAUGGUCGAAGCAAUAAUCAAUGCCAAUCCUACAAUUGAAUGUCAUAUUGAAUCCUAUCCAAGGGCUAAUGUUUAUUGGCAAAAAAAUAAUCAAUUACCACCAAUUGUUUAUAGUGAUAGGAAAUAUACAUUAUCGAUGAAUGAAAGUAUCAUUUCCUAUAGAUUUAUUGCCAGGCUCAAAAUUAGUGAUAUACAGAAAAAUGAUUUUGAUAAAUAUAAUUGUAUAGCUAAAAAUAAAAUGGGUAGUGAAAAAAAUUUUGUACAACUAUUGGAAAGAAAACGGCCACCAUCUACAAGGCGACCAAUUAAACCACAACGACCAACAACUAUCAUACGAAAAUAUCAAAAUCAGAAUCAGAAUCCGAAUCAAAAGUCAAAUUCAAAUUUAUAUGAAAACAAACAGAAUCAUAAUUUAGAUAAGCCAACUAAAACAUCGGAAAAUAUGAUUAUUAAAAAUGUUCAUCAGUCUCAAGAUCAUCAAGACUUUACUAUGAACAUUAAUAAUAACCGAAAUCAUCUUCACGAUGAUGGCAAUGAUAAUGAUGAUGAUGAUGGAAAUGAAAUUUGGGAAUAUGAAACAAAUUAUAUGGCACCAGAAUUGACACCUGGAAUGAAAAUAAAUUCAUCAUUAUCAAUAACUAAUGGCCACCAUCAACGACUUGGAUCAAUUAUUAUCAUAACUAUUAUUAUCAUCCUUUGCUCAUCACUGUGUUACAAUCACGAUUGAUUAAUCAAUUUUUCACUUCUAUAAUUAUUUCAUACUUAUAAUUUCACAUACACACACGCACACACAUUUACAAACCUUGUAUAAUGAAAAUUCAGAUUGAAAAUUGUACAAAAUUGACUUAUCGGCCAUCAAUUCUUGAAUGAUUUUGAUUGUUUUAAAUUCUAACAUUUGUAUACAUUGACGAUGAUUACAUUUGAAAUGGAAAAAUAAAAUUUUUCCCUUUCAAUUUAGAGGAAAUGGAUGUUGAUGUUUGAUGGAAGUGGUGGUGUUGAAAUACAAAAAAAAAAAUAAAAUAAAAUG